AUGUUCUUCUUCUUCGUUGGUGGAUUAGGGCAACAAGUGAGACAAGUCCUGAAAUCCGGCGCCGGAAACUGCAUAAGAUGCGGCUCUGAAGCCGAUUUGGUCGAGUACGACAAAGUCUUGAAACUUUUCUUCGUUCCUGUCUGGAGAUGGCCAGGGAAAGAUCCUCUCCUCCACUGUAGAGACUGCGAUCUCUUUUUCCCUCAAUCUCUACAACCACCGCCGCUUUCUCUAGCUACUUGCCGCUUCUGCGAUCGUCUCGUCAAGCCUGAGUUCCGUUUUUGCCCCUUUUGUGGCUCUUCUCUGUAA